GUUUUGAAUGCAGGAGUUUUACUUGUAAUGGAGUAUUUACUGUAUAUAUUAACUUACAGGCAUGUUACCUGAAUAAAAGAUCUGAACAUGUCUUCCACCAAUGCUGACAAGUGUGAAUUAAUACAGUGACUCCCAAAGUGGGUUCCUCGGUUUCCCUGGAGUCAUUCACAGAUUUAACAUAGAUUUUUAUUUAUUAGUAAGAUCAAGCUGAUCUGAAUUUCCACCCCCCACCCCCACCAGUACAGUUGUUUCUUUAUUAUGGGGUGGUAAGACAAAGCAGCCCCUUAUUUCACAGACAAUGCCUCCCUCUUCUUCCUGUGCUCUACCGCCCCCAGCAGGCGCAGGCCGGGAGUGACACAAUCAGCCAUAAUAGGCAGUAGGAGUGGAUGAGCCUGAACCGAACAGUCACUCUGUCUGCACAAGGAACGCUCCUGUCGGAGGUGAUACCGCCCUCCUCCUGCCAAACCCCCGCUUCCGACUUGAAACAGGAGCCGGUGUCCGGAGCAGGAUGUAUCGAUCUGUUUGCUUGUAGUGCUUCUCCGGCGGAUUCCUCCAUGCGCCAGCCCCGGGAAUGGAUCAGGAAUCCGGUGUGGCGUCUGCAGGGAGUUUCAUCUCCCUGAAUGAACAUGAACAGAGGUAUUACUCAGGUCUCCGCGGUCUGUGCCAAGCUGACACUUCAGGAAAAGUGUCGUCCAGCAAAGUGGCAGAGCUGUUCAAGGCGUCUCAGCUACCUCCCGAAUCCCUGCAUAAAGUGACCGAGGUGUGUGGAGCAAAGCGUCUGGGCUACUUUGGUACCCCUCAGUUCUAUGUGGCCCUGAAGCUGCUCGCGGCCGCCCAGUCUGGUCUGCCCAUCCAUCUGGAGAGUGUAACAGCCAAUCUACCUCUGCCCAGAUUUGUUGGGCUGAAGAAUGAACCAGAGAUGCGAUACUCAACCGUCCCUCCAAGCGUAGACAGUCAGGGGACUCAGUGUGGGACUGCACUUGGCUCCGUCUCCUGGAGUCCAGCAGACAGGAGCGCCUUCAGGCCCCCGGAGGCCAAUGUAGAGAAGAAGGAACCUUGGUCCCCACCACGAUCACCAUGCAGCUCACCACCUCGCUCUCCACUGACCUACUGCAGCUACCCGUACACCAAGCAGAGAAACGGAGCUGACUCACAGAUCACCUAUGAAAGCAAACAUUCCUCACGGCUGAUCGUUCAGCUAGAGCAGCACUCCUCGCCCAGUAACUACGGAACCAAACCUACUGUGGAGCAUCCUGCAAUGGCUCGGGCUUCCUCGUCAGAGAGGCUGGACCAGCAGGGUGUAGUAGACUAUUCUGACGAUGACCCCUGGAGGAUCACAGAGGAACAGCUGGAGUAUUACACUAAUCAGUUCAAGAGUCUGCAGCCUGACCUAGGGGCUCUCAUCCUGGGAGCCAUUGCAAAGAACUUCUUCACAAAAUCUAAGCUCCCAAUACCAGAACUUUCCCACAUUUGGGAGUUGAGUGAUGUGGAUAGAGAUGGAGCUCUCACUUUCUCCGAGUUCUGCACAGCCUUUCACUUGAUUGUGGCACGCAAAAACGGUUACCCUCUCCCAGAGAGCCUUCCUCCAACCCUGCGGCCAGGGUUCAUGCAGCAGGAAGAGGACAUACCGGAUACUCCUGAAAGUGCAGAGGCUCUUAUUGUCUUUGAGGACGCUGAAUUGAGGCCUAGUCAGAUGGAUCGGAGCAUUAUAGAGAGUCUCCAUCCAAGCCUGACCACAACAAAACAAGAUUUGAAAGAGGAGUUACGUAAACAAGAUGUAGGUGUGAAGAGGGUGACAACAUCUCGAGAGAAAAAGACUCUACAACUCGGUGCUUUUCCUGAGAGGCCAGAGCCGCCUCAGGACCUGGACCCACAGCUGAGGACAAAAACUAGGCCGAGGUCCUACUCCAGCACUUCUUUUGAAGAUGCGAUGAAGAAAGCAGAAGAGCCUCCCACCCCUCCACCUCGACCCCAAAAAACCCACUCCAGAGCCUCCUCUCUGGACCUCAACAAGCUCUUCCAGCAGGGCGCUCCAGGGGUAAAAAGUGGAUGGUUGCCACCGCCUCCGGCCCUCCCACCUAGACCAUCAACUUCACAGGUGUCUCAUUUUAUCAACGUUUCAGAGACAACUCCCCAGAAAAAAGUGCAGCAGCCAAACUUUGCUGACUUCAGUCACUUUAGAGAAGAGGAAGAGAGCAGUGUGAAACCUGAAGAAAAGGGUCCAUGCUCUAGAUUUGGUCCAAGUACAGAAGACUCGACAAAUGCUUCAAAACAGGACGUGAUUGGAGUUUCUCAUAGUCAGGCACCACAGAAGCCAGUCCGCAGGAAAUACCACACAGAGAGCCAGAACCUGGAGCCCGUACCUCCACCUGCCAUGCCAUUUCCUCCCCCCACCAAACCUGCUCAAAAGCUGCUGUCCAAACAGAAGAGGGAGAUCCAGACAGCAAUCCGUAAAAACAAGGAAACCAACGCAGUGUUGACACGCCUUAAUAGCGAGCUCCAACAGCAACUCAAGGUGGUUCACCAGGAGAGGGUCACUUUGGAGUCCCAGCUGGAGCUCCUGCGGCCUCUGGCCUCGACGUGACUGAGUCUGAAGUCUGGUGGUUAGAGUCACCGAAAUACAUCUCUAUCAAACAUACCACAGAAAGUUGCUGUCUUAGGUCAUGAAUACAUAAUAAAUGUAAAAGGGUUGACGAUGGAGACAAACAGGGAUGUGACUCUUGGAUUUAUUUGAUGAACAACUCCUGUCCCACAUCCAAAUGUUACUCUUUAUCACUUUUACUGAUGUUUUGCAGGAUUAAACCAUGCAUUUUUUUAAUCACUGUAUGAUAGGCACAUGUAAAAUAUCAUGUUACUCAUUGUGUUAUUCUAACUUAUUUUUCUCUUUUGAUUUCCUGUUAGUUUCUCCCAUGAAUCUUACCUUGCUUACAACACAUGUAACAGUUUGUGCACAUAUUGGUAUGACUCAGAUACAUGUUUAUCUGUGUCAAUGAUGGGAACUAAAGUACUCUGUUUUUGUCAGUCUGUGUAUACAGUACAUUUCAUGUGUAUCCACAUGUGGUCUAAAGCAAGUGAUGGUGCUACAGAUUGGUUUCCAAAUCUGAUUAUUUUUUUGCAAGGUUGUACUUAAUGUUUGAAAAAGCCACAUUAGGUAUGAGUUGGAUUUGAUUUAUUUACAGAUUUCCAGCCUGCACACAAGAUUUGAUUGUCUGUUGUCACACUGUAGCACUGGCACAUGAGGCUAUUAGGACACUGAAGAAUGCUGACACUGGAUUUGUAUGAAAUUGGGACAGUUUACUUGAAACUUUGCUCCAUCUUUAAGCACUGUCUGACUGUUGAUAUUGAAUCCCCUUAUGGUUAUUAUCAUAUGAAGAGUUAUUUCUGCACUGCAUCCAUACGGUCACAAGGAUUUUACUGAUGUUCAAGUUUGUAAAAAAAUAUUUUCAGAACCAUUAAAAACCAAACCAGUGUUAACGGUCAAGAAAAGAAAAGAAAUGAGCACACUAUUCCUCUAAUGUUUAUUUUGCAGGAUAGAUUUCAAAACAGCUAAUAUCUGUACAAGGAGGUGUGGUUUUGAUUUUAUCUAUGCAAAGAUGUGGUGCUGCUUAAACCUGCUUUAGACCAUUUUUUCCCCCACACAUCCUGAUUGUUCAUGAUGGUAAAUGAAGUGGUUGAAAUACAUGAUGGCAUGCUUGAUACUGCAUGUUUGCUAGAAUGAUGUGAGCAUUGGACUGUAAAUUCAACUUAAAUCAUGCACAACUGAGCUCUGGCCUGAAGACAAUAAUCAAACUAAUCAAUAAAGUUGUCUAUUUUUCA